CUGGAUUUUGUUACUCAGUAACACCCGUGUCAUUUCACUAUGGCGUAGGGGCUGUAAACUAACGCGGUGGGAAAAAGCGCGUCCUCUUUGAGAAAACAGAUUUCUGUUAGGGAUGAUUUCGAAUUUAGUUGAGUAUUAACAUUGAACGGAUGGAGAAAUGUGUGUACGCGCUUUAGUGAUGCCGACUGGACGCAGACUAUCCGAUUUCAGUAACAUGGACAGGAUCAAACCGUCAAACCUCUUUCAAAUACACCGUUUAUCCUGUUAAUCCGGAGCUGUUUAGGUUGAAAUCAUGUUGACAGGGUCCAAAACCACCUUUAAAGUGAGACAGAUGGUUCCAGACAUGAAGGAGAGGAUGAUGAGCCACAGUAGCCUUCAUGCACGCGGGAGAGAUGUACUCGGCCUCUGCUGUUUGCCAGGAGAGUGUGUGCUCCAGCGAGCCGUGCUGGUGAGGAAGAAGCUGUCUGCUAAGGAAGGAGGAGGCUGGUUGUCUGGGACUCUGUUCUGCACUCAUUUCAGAGUUGCCUUCGUGCCUCAGGACAGCCAGAAACCUGACGAUAACGCAGAUCCUGUGAUGCUCGGAGAUCAUGACGUAGCUCUCGCCUCCAUAGAUAAAGUUGUGGCAGUGGGACCGUCUCGCACCAAACUAGUGACCCCUACCUGCUCUCUUAAAUUCACCCCCGAGGAGCUGGUGUUGUACUGCCGAGACAUGCGUGUCCUCUGCUUCCUGUUUGACAGACUCACGCCUGAUACUCAAGCUGUGGAGAUCACAUAUACCAUUGCUAAGACCUAUCAACCACUGAAACCUGGAACCAUCCUCUCCUUCCAAAAUGCUGCUUUGGGUAGUACUGAAAUGAAGCAGUUCCUAAGCAACAGGCGGCGUGACCCUAACAUGAACUGGUUCGAGUGUUCGAUGGGAUGGGAGCAGGAGCUGGAGAGGACAGGUGCCAGCGGCUGGAGGGUCAGCUCUGUCAAUGACCGCUUUGAGAUGUCCACCAGUCUGCCCAGAUUCAAUGUGGUUCCUCAGAGGGUCCUGGACACCGAGCUCAAGAAAACAUUUGCCCACUUUAACGAGGGCCGCAUCCCACGCUGGUGCUGGCGGCAUCCGCAUGGCAGUGACUUACUACGAAUGGCCAGCUUCCAAAAUAACAUCUACCACGAGAAGGACGACAUCAGGAAUCUGGAGUUGGUGCUCUUCGGCGGACAGCAGCUGUGUGUGAUUGUGGAUCUGGGAGAGGAAAUGGCGUCACCUGCAGACAUCCAGCUGGCUCACACCAGACUCCGGACACUUUGUCUGGGCGAUAUUUCAUCAUCUGUAUCAGUACCUGAUGACAAGUGGCUGUCCACUCUGGAAAGCACCCACUGGCUUGACUAUAUACGGUGCUGUCUGAGAAAAGCUGCAGAGGUGGCUUGUUUGCUCAGAGGAGGUCACAUGACUGUUGUUCUCCAAGAGCCGGAGGAUCGAGACAUGAACUGUGUGGUCUGCAGUCUGGUGCAGGUGAUGUGUGACCCUCACUGCAGGACCGUGGCUGGAUUUCAGGGCCUGGUUCAGAAAGAGUGGAUCACGGCCGGACACAAAUUCCUCAGCCGGAUCAACUAUCACAGAGAAAGUGAUAAAGAGGAGGCCCCUGUGUUCCUGCUGUUUCUCGACUGCGUAUGGCAGCUGUGGGCGCAGUAUCCCGCGCGCUUCCAGCUUACUGAAGACUACCUGCUGGCUCUGCAUGACAGUGUGCACCUUCCUCUCUUCAGCAGCUUCCUGGCCAACAGUCAGAGGGAGAGAUGUCGCCGUUCACAGCAUCUUCCCCAGAGCUACACCCCAGUGAACGGUCUGAGGGAGUUGCCCAUGGGUUCCCCAGAGAUGCCGGUAGACCCACCUUUCCCUCCGGUGUGGGACUGGGCCCUGCAGUACAGCGCUCAGAGACGAGCCCGCUUCACCCAACCUGUGUCCCAACCCGCCUGCCCUCCACCCGUCCUCAACGGAAACCUUAACACCAACCUGGAGCGCAGCUGGCACAAUGAUGGACUGCCAGGCUCUGUGUUCCUGUUGUCCCGUAGCACAUUCUCCCAUCCCUCCAACCUGCUCCCCUGGAGGAGCGGAAACUCUGGCUCAUACUGGAAGAGCCACCGCAGGGCUCCUUCAUCUGAGAGUCUGUCUGGACUCGAGCGUCUCAUCCGAGCUUGUUCACUCUCUGAACCCUCAGAGAACCCCUCAAUCCUCCACGACCCGUACGAGCCCCUGCUGCCCCUGCUCUUGGGACCCUGCGUCAGAGUAUGGAGGGGCUGCUAUUUACGGGGCGCACUACACGCUCAGGCUUUCUCCCACCCCACGUCUUCCUGCAGUCAGCAUCCAUUAGAUCAGCUAGCCUGGGAAGUGCAGCAGCUCCGAGAGAAACUGGCUCAGGCUUCUCACAGACGCCCCGAGAACCAGACUAAACGACAGGAGCCCCGCCGGCUGGAGUCCAACCUCAACCAGAACGCCAACAAUGGGACCUUCCUCUUCUCCUCUUCCUCUAGAUCAUCUCAACAGCAGCCGCCGGCGUCCAGCCGAGGUGCAGCCCACUCCUCCGUCCCUCCCAGAGCCCAACGGACUGCAUCUGAUCCGUCCAGGCCUGCGCAGAGGAAUAACGGCAAGCACACGUUUCUGUUUGGCCACCAAGAGCCACAAUCAGGGCAGCAUUACAUUCCCUCCCCUAGUGCCAAACUUCCCAAACGCCCCGGAAACUCACACUGAUCUUUUGGAAGGAAAGAAAUGCCCCCCUCUGGUGUUUGUGUUACUAAAACAAUUAAAUACGGUACAAAGCAGAACCUAGAAAUCUAUAGCACAGAAAUCUAUGUGCACUUGAAAAAGCACAGAUUGACAUAGACGUUGUUUGUAUAAGUAGCUAUGUAAAGUUUAGCAUUAAAUAGGCUAGCAAAAAAGCUAGCAUCAAUUCUUUCUCUGUUGUGUUUUGAUGAGAUAAUUUAACUACAAAAGCUAGUUCAAUAAAAAUAAAGAAUCUUAUUUAUUCAUCCUCAUGUUGUUCCAAAUGUAUACUACUACUUCUGAAGUCACGAUUUUGUGUGAAAAUAAAACAAAAUUUAAGUCUAAAUGGUUAAUUUUGAAGUUUAAAAGCUCGUAAUUUGCAUGUAAAACUGAUUAUUUAUCUUGUGUUCCAUGAAAAAAAUAAAAUUAAAAAGACAUUGGUAUAACAUGAGGGUGACUAAAUAACAGAAUUUGCUAUUAUUUCAAAUAAAAAUUGUAGCGAAGCAGAGUGCUAGUAGCCUACAUGUAUGUUGUCUGCAUGUGAAAUGUUAUGUGUCUGAGGUUCAUGCCAAAAUAUUGAUUUGAUAACUUAAUGUGUUGAUAAAGAAACAGUUUUAGCUUAAUGUAGUUUGUGCAUGUAGCAGUAGUUCAUGGUACAUAGGCUAGUAAAAUAGCGAUUUGUGUUUCCUCAACCAAAAAGGCGGGAAAAUGGCUGCUAGCACGCAACCGAGGUUUUGCAGUUCGUUGAACGGCCACAAGAUGGACACAAAAUAAUCUUCAGCCUCCCUGUUGAAUGCAAAUAAUACAAAAUGCUGUCUUGCCUCUUAAUAUUUACAAGCAAUGGCACAAUACUGUUAAGUGUGUUAUGCAUUUUUUUAUUCUAUUAAGUAUUAAUACAAAAAUAGAAGAGAAAUGGAGACUAGAUGCAACAUCAGUGAAAUUACAAUUAUUUAUAUGCUGCCUCUGCCGUUUAAGUGGAUAUUUAAGUCUUACUAAUUCAUCUUUAUGAACGGGGAUGUGUUUUUAAAAUCAAUGUAUGUAUAAGGAAGGACAAAAAAAAAUAGCACUCAUGUUGAAGGACAUUUUAUAUUGUCAUUGUUAUGUUUGUAUCUUCUGCGCAUUACUCUCUUCGUUUUCAAUCAGUUGAGUUCCAGGACUUCUUUCAAAAUGUUUUUUUUUUUUCUUUCCUGUGGAUGUUUUUUGUAAGACUGACCGAUUUUCUACAAAUUAAGUGUUCAGAACUGCUCAUUCUGUUAACAGUUGACCCAAAAAGGAAAACUCUCAUUAUUUACUCAUCCCAAUGCUGUUGUUUUUCCUCUUAAAAAUUUAUUUUAAUGUUCUGAGCAAGAAAAAAAACAGCAUUUGGGAGAACAUAAAUGUGACGUUCUCAAUUUUUAGGUGAACUAUUCCUUUUAGGUUUGAUAGAAAGCUCUGAAGCUCCUUAGUGAUGUGGCUUACAAGACAAGACGGCUUCAGAUCUGUCCUUGUGAGACGUUCUUCCUCAAAAAAGCAUUGCGCCACUAAUGUCUGACAACAGUGACGUUCUAAAAUUGAGAGAGUAGCUCCAGAGGUUUCUGUCCUACUUAUAUUUCCCCUACGGGGAAAAGGUGCUGAAAACGUUAACAUACGGUACGGUGUUGAGAUUUCAUUCUAUUGUCUCGCUCUCACAUCAGCAGGAGAAAUGGACUUGAAAUAUCUUGCAUCAACAUAUUUCACAAGACUGAAUUGAAGCAAAAGUUUAUUUGAUGGCACAAGAAUUGCUUGCAUGUCUUGAAAUGACCCAAUGCUUGUGCCUUAAAACUGAUUCCAGUUGUUUUGUAUUUUUCAUCCUUGCAUCUGCCACAGGGACGAAUCAUUUCCUAUUCUCAUGUUUUUCAUCCCUUAUUCUUUUGUAACAACCUUGAUUGGCACAUUUUAGAUAAAUAAAUACAUAUUAUAGCUC